CGGGUGCGGGCUGGGCUCCCGGCAGGCUGCGCUGUGCUCCGCUCCGCUCCGCUCCGCUCCCCGCUCGCCCCGUCUCCGCCGCCGCUGCCCGCAUGGAUACCCGCCGGGGGGGAGCGCGGGGCAGCCCCCGGAGCUGAGCCGCCCGGACUUGGUGGCAGAAACAAGGAGAGAAGGAAAGAUCCCUCCGGAGCCAGCCUGCCUUUGGAGAGUGCUGCUGAGAAAGAGCUUACAGCCGUGAUUUUUGCACCCAAAAAUCACUGGAGUCUUGUUGAGAGAGCCAGACUUCUCCCCGGAUUGCUCAGGCAGUGCCUGGGUGCCUUUUCUCAGCUCACUUUGAGUGUUUCUCCUGCAUGGACUGAGAACUAUCAUUUUAUGGUAGAAACUUGAGGAUCAGCAACCCAGGGUGAACUUCUGGAGAAUGAUCCUCAUUGUGCCACAGUCAAGAACAUGUGUCUGCCUCCGUUUCUCUUCCUGGUGAAAGAAAGAUGUGAUGGAGGUGAAUAUGGGCCACUGGUCAGGCACAGGGCCACCUCCUUCUUGCCUUGCCCUUCUGAUUGUCAAGCUCCUGGCCUCCCUUUGCCAGGUAGUCCAUGGAACAGCACCACUUGGCUUUCACUUCACACAUUCCACUUACAAUGCUACUGUGUAUGAAAAUUCGGCUGCCAGGACCUACGUCAACAGUCAAACGAGAAUGGGCAUUACCUUGGCCGAUCUUUCUUGGGAUAUCAAAUACAGGAUAGUGUCUGGCGACGAUGAGGGCUUUUUUAAAGCAGAGGAAGUCAUCAUUGCUGACUUUUGUUUCCUGAGAAUAAGGACUAAAGGUGGGAAUUCUGCUAUAUUAAACAGAGAAAUCCAGGACAACUAUUUAUUGAUAGUGAAAGGGUCUGUCAGAGGAGAGGACUUGGAAGCAUGGACAAAAGUGAACAUCCAAGUCUUGGACAUGAAUGACUUAAGACCUUUGUUUUCACCAACCACAUACUCUGUCACAAUAGCGGAAAGCACUCCUUUAAGGACUAGCAUUGCACAGGUGACCGCAACAGAUGCGGAUAUUGGGUCCAACGGUGAAUUUUAUUAUUAUUUCAAAAACAAAGUUGAUCUCUUCUCAGUACAUCCUACGAGUGGUGUUAUCUCCUUAAGUGGCCGGCUAAACUAUGAUGAGAAAAACAGAUAUGAUCUUGAGAUUCUGGCUGUGGACCGUGGGAUGAAGCUUUAUGGAAACAACGGUGUAAGCAGUACGGCCAAGCUUUAUGUUCACAUUGAACGUAUAAAUGAACAUGCCCCAACGAUAAAUGUAGUAACACAUAUUCCCUUCCCAUCAGACAAGGAGCCUACCUAUGCAGUUGUUAACAUUGAUGACCUAGAUGAAGGAGCCAAUGGAGAAAUUGAAUCGGUUUCAAUUGUGGCGGGAGAUCCUCUAGAACAGUUCUUUCUGACUAAAGAAGGUAAAUGGAUGAAUGAGUACAAAAUAAAGGAAAGAAAGCCUAUUGACUGGGACAGUUUCCCAUAUGGUUAUAACCUAACUCUCCAAGCAAAGGACAAAGGAUCUCCUCAGAAAUUUUCUGCAGUCAAACUGGUCCACAUUGCUAGUCCCAAAAAAGAAAGUAUACCAAUAAAGUUUGAAAAGGAAACUUACGAUGUUUCUAUCAAUGAAUUUUCACCUCCAGGUGUGGUGGUUGCAGUAAUUAAGCUGAUGCCAGAGCCACUGGGUGUGGAAUAUAGAUUAUCUCCUAGUGAGGAUGCUGAUUAUUUUAAGAUCAAUCCCAUCACAGGCCUUAUUACUACCGCUCGUCCUUUGAAAAUCAUUGAGAAGGACCUCUACGAAUUAGAAGUAUAUACAAACAAAGGUGGUGAUUUAAAAGCACAGGUUACUGUCAGGAUAGAAGAUGCCAACGAUCACACUCCGGAGUUCCAGCAGCCUUCGUACAGCUCUUUCGUCAACGAAAGUGUCCCUGUGGGCUAUAGCGUUUUGGCAGUUUCAGCAGUUGAUAAAGACAGGGGAGAAAAUGGAUACAUAACAUACAGCAUUGCCAGUCUGAACUCACUGCCAUUUAUAAUAAAUCAGUUUACAGGUAUCAUCAGCACAUCUGAAGAACUGGACUUUGAGUCCUCACCAGAAAGCUACAGGUUCAUUGUAAGGGCUUCUGACUGGGGUUCUCCCUACCGCCAUGAAAGUGAGGUGAAUGUCACCAUAUACAUAGGCAAUGUCAACGAUAACAAACCCCUGUUUGAAAAAGUGGCAUGUCAGGGAGUGAUUUCAUCUGACUUUCCUGUUGGUGGUCACAUUACUGCUGUUUCUGCUAUAGACAUAGAUGAGUUAGAGCUUGUAAAGUACAAAAUAAUCUCUGGAAAUGAGCUUGGCAUUUUUUAUUUAAAUCCUGACUCUGGUGUCCUGCAACUUAAAAAAUCUCUAAUUAAUUCUGGCAUAAAGAACAGCAAUUUUGGCCUUAAGAUAACAGCCACUGAUGGAGAAAACUUUGCUGAUGCUAUGUUUGUUAAUAUUUCAGUAGUUCAUGGGAAAGUGUCUUCAAAGACCUUUAGCUGUAGAGAGACUAGAGUUGCUCAGAAGCUAGCAGAAAAAUUGCUCAAAAAGGCAAAAGCAAAUGUGAAGCUGAAUUUGGAAGAUGGUUUUCUCGAUUUUUAUUCAGUGAACAGACAGGCACCACAUUUUGACAAAACCUUCCCUACUGAUGUGAUGGUUUCAGAGGAUCUGCCAGUUGGUGCCACCAUCCUAAGGAUAAAAGCCUAUGAUGCAGACUCAGGCUUUAAUGGAAAAGUAGUUUAUACAAUUUCUGAUGGUAAUGGAGAUAGUUGUUUCAACAUUGACAUGGAGACAGGGGUACUUAAAGUUCUUAUGCCCUUGGACCGUGAAAAAACAGAGCUCUAUCUCCUUAACGUUACAAUUUAUGAUUUAGGUAAUCCACAGAAAUCUGCAUGGAGACUGUUGACUGUCACUGUAGAGGAUGCAAACGAUAACAAGCCUGUUUUUUUACAGGACAGUUACUCAGUUAACAUUUUAGAAAGUACAAGCCUUGGUACAGAGAUUAUCCAAGUAGAAGCCAGAGAUAAAGACCUAGGAUCGAAUGGAGAGGUGGCUUACUCGGUGCUGACGGACACCCAGCAAUUUGCCAUCAACAGUUCCACAGGAGUGGUGUAUGUGGCCGAUCAGCUAGACCGGGAAACAAAAGCAAACUACACACUAAAGAUUGAGGCUAGGGACAAAGCAGACAGUGGCCAUCAGCAGUUUUCCGUUGUGCCUCUGAAGGUUUUCUUAGAUGAUGUCAACGAUUGUUCUCCAGCCUUUAUACCAUCCAGCUACAAUGUGAAGGUCCUUGAGGACCUGCCAGUUGGCACUGUCAUAGCUUGGUUGGAAACUCAUGAUCCAGAUCUCGGCUUGGGAGGUCAAGUCCGUUACUCUCUGGUGAACGAUUACAAUGGGCGGUUCGAGAUAGACAAAGCGAGCGGUGCCAUCCGCUUGAGCAAAGAGCUCGAUUACGAGAAGCAGCAGUUCUAUAACCUGACAGUGCGUGCAAAGGACAAGGGACGCCCAGUUUCUCUCUCUUCUGUUUCUUUUGUGGAAGUUGAAGUAGUGGAUGUUAACGAAAAUCUCUAUACCCCCUAUUUUCCUGACUUUGCUGUCAUUGGAUCUGUAAAGGAAAACUCGCGCAUUGGUACAAGCGUUUUGCAAGUUGUUGCUCGAGACGAGGACUCUGGAAGGGAUGGAGAGAUCCAGUAUUCCAUCAGGGACGGCAGUGGGCUGGGGAGGUUCAGCAUAGAUGAAGAAACAGGAGUUAUCUACACAGCAGAUAUUCUCGAUCGGGAGACGACCAAGUCGUACUGGUUGACAGUGUAUGCGACCGACCACGGAGUCGUCCCGCUCUACACGACCAUUGAAGUCUACAUUGAAGUGGAGGACGUGAAUGACAAUGCCCCUCUCACCUCUGAACCCAUCUAUUACCCAGCCGUCAUGGAAAACUCCCCAAAGGAUGUAUCUGUCAUUCAGAUCCAAGCCCAGGACCCGGACUCCAGCACCAAUGAAAAACUGACUUACCGGAUUACAAGUGGAAAUCCCCAGAAUUUCUUUGUAAUCAAUCCCAAAACAGGUCUGAUUACAACAACGUCAAGAAAAUUGGAUCGGGAACAGCAAGCAGAGCAUUUUUUGGAGGUAACUGUCUCGGAUGGGGGCACAUCUCCCAAGCAGUCCUCAGUUUGGGUGGUGGUCCAGGUUCUGGAUGAGAAUGAUAACAAACCACAGUUUCCGGAGAAAGUCUAUCAGAUCAAAUUGCCAGAGAGGGAUCGUAAGAAAAGAGGGGAGCCAAUCUACAGAGCUUUUGCUUUCGACAAAGAUGAAGGCCCUAAUGCAGAAAUCUCAUACAGCAUUGUGGAUGGAAAUGAGGAUGGGAAAUUUUUUAUUGAUCCCAAAACAGGGAUGGUUUCUUCUAGAAAGCAGUUCACAGCAGGGAGUUAUGACAUAUUAACAAUAAAGGCAGUGGACAAUGGCCGGCCCCAAAAAUCUUCAACUGCACGCCUCCACAUCGAGUGGAUAAAAAAGCCUGCGCCCUCGCCAGUGCCGCUGACUUUUGAUGAACCCUUUUACAACUUCACCGUCAUGGAAAGUGAUAAAGUGACGGAAAUCGUUGGGGUGGUCUCUGUGCAGCCAUCUAACAUCCCUCUCUGGUUUGAUAUUGUCGGUGGCAAGCAUGCUCGAGAGAUGUUCUAUAUUCUACAGACAGCUUGUGGGCAGAACUGUUCAACAGAAGGAGGGAAUUACGAUAGUUCUUUCGACGCGGAGAAGGGAGUGGGCACUAUUGUCAUUGCAAAGCCCUUGGAUGCAGAGCAGAGGUCAAUAUAUAAUAUGACUGUGGAAGUCACCGAUGGAACAAACAUUGCCACGACUCAGGUUCUUAUUAAAGUGUUGGAUAACAAUGAUAAUGGCCCAGAAUUCUCUCAACCAAGUUAUGAUGUCACCAUCUCAGAGGAUAUCCUCCCUGACACUGAAAUUCUGCAAAUUGAAGCCAUAGACAGAGAUGAAAAACAUAAGCUGAGCUACACUAUUCACAGCAGCAUUGAUGCAGUCAGUGUGAGAAAAUUCAGAAUUGAUCCCAGCACUGGGGUGCUCUAUACUGCUGAGAGAUUAGACCACGAAGCUCAAGAUAAGCACAUCCUUAAUGUCAUGGUUCGAGAUCAAGAAUUCCCUUACAGAAGAAACCUGGCCAGAGUCAUCAUAAAUGUGGAAGACUCCAAUGACCACAGUCCAUACUUUACCAGCCCACUGUAUGAAGCCUCGGUGUUCGAAUCAGCAGCUAUUGGAUCAGCAGUUUUGCAGGUCACAGCUUUGGACAAAGAUAAAGGAGAAAAUGCAGAGCUUAUCUACACUAUUGAAGCAGGAAAUACAGGAAACACAUUCAAGAUCGAACCAGUUUUAGGGAUCAUUACAUUACUGAAGGAGCCAGACUUAACCACAAUGGGACAGUUUGUUCUCUCAGUUAAAGUGGCUGACCAAGGUUCUCCACCACUUUCUGCAACAGCAAUUGUACGGAUAUCUGUGACAAUGGCAGAUAACUCCCACCCUAAGUUCACUGUCAAAGAAUAUCAAGCUGAGAUUAAUGAAAACGUGGAUAUUGGUACUUCUGUGAUCUCUCUUUCUGCAAUCAGUCAGUCCACAUUAGUCUACGAGGUUAAAGAUGGGAAUGUGGAUGGAGUCUUCGCUAUAAACCCAUAUUCUGGAGUCAUCACCAGUCAAAAGACCCUUGAUUAUGAACGUGCUUCCUCUUAUCAGCUCAUUGUACAGGCAACAAAUAUGGCAGGGAUGGCAUCAAAUGCCACUGUGAACAUUCAGGUUGUUGAUGAAAAUGAUAACCCACCAGUUUUUCUUUUCUCUCAGUACUCAGGCAGCAUAAGCGAAGCUGCUCCUGUAAAUAGCAUAGUCCGAAGCGCAAAUAACAGCCCCCUUGUGAUACGUGCCACUGAUGCUGACAGCAACCAGAACGCUUUGCUCGUCUACCAGAUCGUUGAAUCUACUGCAAAAAAGUAUUUCACAGUAGAUUCCAGCACAGGUGCAAUUAGAACCAUUGCAAAUUUAGAUCAUGAAACAAUAGCCCACUUCCACUUCCAUGUGCAUGUUAGAGACAGUGGAAAUCCUCAGCUUACAGCAGAGAGCCCUGUUGAAGUAACGAUUGAGGUAACUGAUGUCAAUGACAACCCACCAGUCUUCAGCCAGGCAGUAUUUGAGACUGUCCUGCUUCUGCCCACAUAUGUUGGUGUUGAGGUUCUCAAAGUCAAGGCUACAGACCCAGAUUCAGAGAUCCCUCCUGAACUCACAUAUAGUCUAAUCGAAGGCAAUCUGGACCAUUUUUUGAUUGAUUCAAGCACAGGAGUACUCACCAUUAAAAACAAUAGCCUCUCCAAAGACCAUUAUAUGCUAAUAGUAAGAGUAUCUGAUGGGAAAUUUUAUAGCACUUCUAUGGUGACAAUAAUGGUAAAAGAAGCCAUGGAUAGCGGGCUUCAUUUCACACAAAAUUUUUAUUCCACGUCUAUCUCAGAAAACACCACCAAUAUCACAAAGAUCGCUGUGGUAAAUGCUGUUGGUAACCGUCUUAAUGAGCCCUUGAAAUAUAGCAUAUUAAACCCAGGAAACAAAUUUAAAAUCAAACCCACAUCAGGAGUCAUUCAGACGACUGGCAUACCCUUUGACCGAGAGGAACAGGAGCUGUAUGAGUUGGUGGUGGAAGCAAGCCGUGAACUAGAUCACCUUCGUGUCGCUCGAGUGGUGGUGAGGGUUUACAUUGAAGACAUAAAUGACAAUGCACCAGUGUUUGUAGGGCUUCCAUACUACGCUGCUGUGCAAGUUGAUGCUGAGCCUGGUACCCUGAUAUAUCGAGUGACAGCUAUUGAUAAGGAUAAGGAUGAAAAUGGUGAUGUGUCAUAUCUUCUGAAGGAAGAUUACGGACAUUUUGAAAUUGAUAGAGGAACUGGUAGUGUCACCCUGAAAGAAGCCUUCAAUUCUGACUUAUCUAAUAUAGAGUAUUUGGUUGUCAUUCUUGCAAAAGAUGGUGGCAACCCAUCACUGUCUGCUUCAGUAGAGCUCCCCAUUACUAUUGUUAACAAAGCAAUGCCUGUAUUUGACAAGCCCUUCUAUACAGCCUCCGUGAAUGAAGAUGUAGAAAUUCACACACCAAUUUUAAGCAUAAAUGCAACCAGUCCAGAAGGCCAGGGUAUCAUUUAUAUCAUUGUCGAUGGAGAUCCUUACAAUCAGUUUAAUAUUGACUUCGAUACUGGAGUUCUGAGUGUCAUCAGCCCACUGGACUAUGAAAUAAAUUCCCUUUUCAAGUUGAUGGUGCGAGCUAGUGAUGCCCUCACUGGUGCUCGAGCUGAGGUCACUGUGGACUUGAUUGUUAAUGAUGUGAAUGAUAACCCUCCAGUUUUUGAUCAGUCAGCUUACAAUGCUACUUUGUCUGAAGCAUCUUUGAUUGGGACUCCUGUAUUGCAGGUUGUUGCUACUGAUGCUGACUCUGACAAUAACAAAAUUGUGCAGUAUCAGAUAGUCCAGGACACCUUUAACAGCACAGAUUAUUUCCAUAUAGACAGCACAAGUGGCCUAAUUCUGACAGCACGUAUGUUGGAUCAUGAACUCAUACAGCAGUGCAGCUUGAAAGUCAGAGCAACUGAUAACGGGUUCCCACCACUUAGCAGUGAGGUUCUUGUUAGUAUCUCAAUAACAGAUAUGAAUGACAACCCUCCAAUUUUCAACCAGCUAAUAUAUGAAUCGUAUGUGAGUGAACUGGCACCUCGGGGUCAUUUUGUGACUUGCGUCCAAGCCUCAGAUGCUGACAGCUCUGAUUUUGACAGACUGGAGUAUAGCAUCCUAUCAGGAAACGAUCGGACCAGUUUCAUUAUGGAUAGCAAGAGCGGUGUAAUCACCCUUUCCAACCAUCGGAAGCAGCGAAUGGAACCCAUGUACAGCCUAAAUGUCUCUGUCUCAGAUGGGUUGUUCACCAGCACAGCUCAGGUGCAUAUACAGAUCCUUGGAGCCAACCUCUACAGCCCUGUGUUUUCACAGAGUGUUUAUGUUGCAGAGGUUAGAGAAAAUGCAGCGCCUGGAACUAAGGUACUUCAUGUGAAGGCCACAGAUGGGGAUUCAGGUGUAUAUGGCCAGAUAAGCUAUUCCAUAAUAAAUGACUUUGCCAAGGACCGAUUUUUGAUUGAUAGCAAUGGCCAGAUUCUGACAACUGAGCGACUAGACCGGGAGAACCUGCUGGAAAGUGACAUCGGUAUAUUUCUGAGAGCACUUGACGGAGGUGGCAGGACUACAUUCUGCACUGUGAGAGUGAUAGUAGUGGAUGAGAAUGACAAUGCUCCCCAAUUCAUGACAGUUGAAUACAGAGCAAGCGUCAAAGCAGAUGUUGGGAAAGGUUACUUGGUGACCCAAGUGCAAGCAGUAGAUCCAGAUGAUGGAGCCAAUUCCAGAAUUACCUAUUCUCUUUAUAGUGAGGCCUCGGUUUCAGUAGCUGAUCUGCUUGAAAUAGAUCCAGACAAUGGAUGGAUGGUCACCAAGGGUAGCUUUAACCAACUGAAAAACACAGUUCUGUCAUUCUUCGUCAAAGCAGUUGAUGGUGGCAUUCCUGUAAAGCAUUCUCUCAUUCCUGUCUACAUCCACGUUUUACCUUCAGAAACCAUUUUACCUUCCUUUUCUCAACCCCAGUAUUCUUUCACCAUAGCAGAAGACACCCUCAUAGGCAGUACUAUUGACAUUGUGCAUGUUGCGCCUAAUCAGGGUGCUUUGUACAGCACAGUUAAUGGUGAGCUGACAGAAAACAACAAAGAUGGUGUAUUCAUCAUAGAACAAGACACAGGGCUCUUAAAACUGGAUAAGAGGCUUGACCACGAGACAAAUUCUGCUUUUCACUUCAAAGUUGCAGCCACCAUUCAAUUGGACAAAGUGGACAUUGUGUUGACAGUGGAUGUGGAGGUGAAGGUGUUGGAUAUAAAUGACAACAAGCCCAUAUUUGAAACAGUGAGCUAUGAUGCUAUAAUAAUGGAAGGGAUGCCCGUAGGAACAAAACUUAUGCAAGUUAAAGCAGUUGAUGCAGACUCAAGUGCAAAUGGGCAGGUCACCUAUACACUUGCAUUGGAAUCAGAGCUGGAGAAGAUCACAGAAGCUUUCACCAUUGAUAGCAACAGUGGCUGGAUUAGCACACUGAAGGAUCUGGACCAUGAAAAGGAUCCUGCCUUCACUUUUGCAGUGGUGGCCUCAGAUCUGGGGGAAACCUUAUCCUUGUCAUCAACCACCUUGGUCUCAGUCACUGUGACAGACAUAAACGAUAACGCACCUGUCUUUGAGCAUGAGGUCUACAGAGGAUCAGUGAAGGAGAGCGAUGCUCCAGGGGAAGUUGUGGCUGUUCUUAGCACCUGGGAUGAAGACACAUCUGAUGUCAACCGGCAGGUUAGCUACCAUAUUACAGGAGGGAAUCCCAAAGGGAAGUUUGCUCUGGGACUGGUUCAGAACGAAUGGAAGGUUUAUGUAAAAAGGCCACUAGAUCGGGAGGAACAAGAUGUUUAUUACCUGAACAUCACCGCCACGGAUGGCCUCUUUGUAACCCAAGCUGCUGUGGAAGUGACGGUCACUGACGUUAAUGAUAACAACCCAGUCUGUGAGCGGGUUGCAUACACAGCACUGUUUCCUGAAGAUAUUCCAUCAAACAAAGUCAUUCUAAAAAUCAAAGCUAAAGAUGCUGACAUUGGGUCCAAUGGUGAAAUUCGCUACUCUCUCUACGGUCCUGGGAACAAUAAAUUUUUCUUAGAUCCAGAAAAUGGUGAGCUGAAAUCCUUAGCCCCACUUGACCGAGAGAAAAUCCCUGCGUACAACCUGAUUGCCCGAGCUACGGAUGGCGGUGGCAGGUUCUGCCAAUCGGAAAUCCAUCUUAUUUUAGAAGAUGUGAAUGAUAACCCACCAGUGUUUUCAUCUGAUCACUACACCGCAUGUGUCUAUGAGAAUACUGCCCCUAAGGCGUUGCUAACAAGAGUCCAAGCCACUGAUCCUGAUGUCGGUGUGAACAGAAAAGUUACUUACUCCCUCGCAGACUCGGCAGAUGGUUACUUCUCAGUUGACCGCUCAUCAGGAAUCAUUAUUUUGGAGCAUCCACUUGACAGAGAGCUUCAGUCGUCCUAUAACAUCAGUGUAAAGGCCUCAGAUCAGAGCAUUGUGCUGACCUUGUCCUCUUUUGCUACUGUUACCAUUACAGUACUAGACAUUAAUGACAAUCCCCCCGUCUUUGAAAGAAGAGAUUAUCUUGUCACUGUGCCUGAAGACACUUCACCUGGCACUGAAGUCCUCUCUGUUUUUGCUACAAGCCAGGACAUUGGCACUAAUGCUGAGAUUACCUAUCUCAUCAGAUCUGGGAAUGAGAAGGGGAAGUUCAGGAUUAACUCAAAGACAGGAGCCAUUUCCAUUUUUGAAGCUUUGGAUUAUGAAUCGUGUAAGGAUUUCUACUUAGUAGUGGAAGCAAAAGAUGGAGGUACUCCAGCCCUGAGCGCUGUUUCGACUGUGAAUGUGAAUGUGACAGAUGUUAAUGACAACGCGCCAAAAUUCAGCCAGGUGGUCUACAGUGCAGUCAUCAGCGAGGACGCCGCGGUCGGUGAUUCUGUCAUAAUGUUGAUAGCAGAAGAUCUGGACAGUCCUUCCAAUGGCCAGAUUCAUUUUUCCAUAGUGAGUGGUGAUCGAGACAAUGAAUUUUCGGUUGAUCCUGGCUUGGGACUCGUGAAAGUUAAAAAGAAAUUGGAUAGAGAAAGGAUAUCUGGUUAUUCGUUAGUUAUUCAGGCAAGAGACAGUGGCACCCCUCCUUUGUCUUCCUCUGUGACGGUCAACGUGGAUAUUUCUGAUGUGAAUGAUAACAGCCCUGUAUUUACUCCAGCUAACUAUACAGCUGUAAUUCAAGAAAAUAAACCAGUGGGCACAAGCAUUUUGCAGCUAGUAGUGACGGACAAAGACUCUUUUCACAAUGGCCCCCCUUUUACCUUCACCAUCCUCACUGGCAAUGAAGAGGAGGAGUUUACGCUGGACCCUCAUGGCGUCUUGAGAUCUGCAGUCAUCUUCAAGCACAUGGUUGCAACCGAAUAUGUGCUCUGUGUGCAGGCAAAGGACUCUGGGAAGCCUCAGCAGGUUUCCCACACCUAUGUUCAGGUGAGGGUUAUUGAAGAGAGUAUUCACAAACCGACGGCCAUUCCACUGGAGAUUUUCAUUGUCACCAUAGAAGAUGAUUUUCCAGGUGGAGUCAUUGGAAAAAUUCAUGCCACAGAUCAGGACGUGUAUGAUGUCCUCACUUACACACUGAAAUCAGAGCAGAAAAGUUUGUUCAAGGUUAACAGCCAUGAUGGGAAGAUCAUUGCCCUCGGAGGGCUUGAUAAUGGCAAGUAUGUCCUGAAUGUCUCUGUCAGUGAUGGCCGGUUCCAGGUACCCAUUGACGUUGUGGUCCACGUCGAGCAGUUGCUUCAAGAAAUGCUGCAGAACACCGUCACCAUUCGCUUUGAGAAUGUUUCCCCGGAAGACUUUGUGGGCCUUCACAUGCAUGGGUUCCGGCGUACCUUGCGAAACGCAGUGCUCUCCCAAAAGCAAGACAGCCUACACAUCAUCAGUAUUCAGCCGGUGGUAGGCAACAAUCAGCUUGACAUGCUGUUUGCAGUUCAGAUGCACAACGGUGGUUUCUAUAAGCCUGCCUAUUUGAUUCAGAAGCUUACCAAUGCAAGGAGACACUUGGAAAAUGUGAUUCGUAUUUCUGCUAUCUUGGAGAAGAAUUGCUCUGGACUGGAUUGUCAGGAACAACACUGUGAGCAAAGUCUAUCUAUUGAUUCACAUUCCCUGAUGACCUAUAGCACGGCACGAAUUAGUUUUGUGUGCCCCCGCUUUUACAGGAAUGUGCGCUGCAUGUGCAAUGGAGGACUGUGCCCAGGGUCUAAUGAUCCCUGUCUGGAGAAGCCGUGUCCAGGGGACAUGCAGUGUGUGGGGUAUGAAGCUAACCGGAGACCAUUCAUCUGCCAAUGCCCACCUGGAAAGCUUGGCGAAUGCUCAGGCCACACUUCCCUUAGCUUUGCUGGGAAUAGUUACAUUAAAUACCGUGUUUCUGAAAAUAGCAAGAAAGAGGAAUUCAAACUGGCUCUACGUCUGCGAACUCUGCAAAGCAAUGGGAUUAUAAUGUACACCAGAGCGAAUCCCUGUAUAAUUCUGAAGAUUGUGGAUGGCAAACUCUGGUUCCAGUUGGACUGCGGGAGUGGCCCGGGAAUCCUGGGGAUUUCUGGCAGGGCCGUCAACGACGGAAGCUGGCAUUCUGUCUUCCUGGAGCUGAAUCGCAAUUUCACAAGCUUGUCCCUGGACGACAGCUACGUGGAGCGCCGCAAAGCCCCCCUCUACUUCCAGACUCUCAGCACGGAUAGCUCUGUCUAUUUCGGAGCCCAGGUCCAAGUGGAUAACGUCCGCAGCCUGACCGACAAGAGAACAACGCAGGUCUUGAGCGGCUUUCAGGGCUGCCUGGAUUCAGUUGUCCUAAAUAACAACGAGCUGCCGCUCCAAAACAAACGCAGCAGCUUUGCAGAAGUGGUUGGCCUGACCGAAUUAAAGCUUGGCUGUGUCCUCUACCCCGACGCCUGCGAGAGGCAUCCCUGCCAGAACGGCGGCACCUGUACGAGCGUGCCAUCUGGUGGCUACCAGUGCAAUUGCCUCUCCCAGUUUACUGGAAGAAAUUGUGAAUCAGAGAUCACAGCCUGCUUCCCAAAUCCCUGCCGGAAUGGAGGCUCAUGCGAUCCCAUUGGCAAUGCUUUCAUCUGCAACUGCAAGAAUGGCCUGACUGGAGUAACGUGUGAAGAAGAUAUCAAUGAGUGUGAAAGGGAAGAAUGUGAAAAUGGUGGCUCCUGUGUCAACAUAUUUGGUUCGUUUCUGUGUAACUGCACGCCUGGUUAUGUGGGACAAUACUGUGGUCUUCGCCCCGUGGUGGUUCCCAAUAUACAAGCUGGGCAUUCAUAUGUCGGCAAGGAGGAGCUGAUAGGAAUAGCUGUGGUCCUGUUUGUCAUAUUUGUGCUGAUCGUCCUCUUCAUCAUUUUUCGCAAGAAAGUGUUCAGGAAGAACUACUCCCGCAAUAACAUCACGCUUGUACAGGAUCCAGCCACUGCCGCCCUGCUCAACAAGAGCAACGGCAUCCAGUUCAAGAACAUCAGGAACAGCGGAGACAGCAGGAACAUCUACCAAGAGGUUGGGCCUCCACAGGUGCCCGUGAGGCCAAUGGCCUAUACCCCAUGCUUCCAGAGUGACUCACGGAAUAACCUGGACAAGAUAGUGGAUGGGCUUGGCGUGGAGCACCAGGAGAUGACGACGUUUCAUCCCGAGUCCCCUCGAAUCCUGACAGCCAGGCGGGGUGUCGUGGUGUGCAGCGUGGCUCCCAACUUGCCCGCUGUGUCUCCCUGUCGCUCCGACUGUGACUCCAUCAGGAAGAGCACGUGGGAUGCUGGGACGGAAAGUAAAGGGGUUGAUGACGCUGAAGAAGUGACCUGUUUUGCAGGAAGUAAUAAAGGCAGCAACUCUGAAGUGCAGUCCCUCAGCUCUUUCCAGUCUGAUUCGGGUGAUGACAACGCUUCCAUAGUGACUGUCAUACAGCUUGUCAACAAUGUAGUUGACACUAUAGAAAAUGAAGUGUCUGUUAUGGAUCAAGGACAGAACUACAACAGAGCGUAUCAUUGGGAUACCUCUGACUGGAUGCCAAGCGCUCGUUUAUCUGACAUAGAAGAAGUGCCCAAUUUUGAGACGGCAGAUGGAGGCUCGGCUCACCAUGGCAGCACCAGAGAGCUGGAAACAGAUUACUACCUUGGUGGCUAUGACAUCGACAGCGACUACCCUCCCCCUCAUGAAGAGGAGUUCAUGAGCCAGGACCAGUUACCACCUCCUCUUCCAGAGGAUUAUCCAGACCAAUAUGAAACCCUUCCGCCCUCGCAGCCGGUCUCAAUGGCAAGUACGCUCAGCCCCGACUGUAGGCGACGGCCGCACUUCCACCCCAGCCAAUACCUCCCUCCUCACCAGUUCCCCCAUGAGACAGACACCGCAGGGGCUCAGACUGGGAACGAAUUUAGUACUUUUGCUGUUGGCCCAAGCCAGAACACAGAAAACGUUAGUGCAGGUAAGAUGCCCUUAUCCUUGCACAACUCCCUAGAUGCCUCCUCUUCUGACGUCUCAGCCAGCUGCGGCUUUGAUGACUCUGAAGUAGCCAUGAGUGACUAUGAAAGCGUGGAGGAACUCAACCUAGAAAAUGUUCACAUUCCGUUUGUGGAGACCCAGCAUCAGACACAAGUGUAAAGGAAGCUCCAUUCUUCUUCUCCUUCUUCUUCUUCUUCUGUUUUUUCUUUUUUUUUUUUUUUGUCAUUUGGUCCAAAUAAUAGUAUAAAUAUUGAGAAGAAAUUUUGCUGAAGGUGUAUCUAUAUAUAUUGGGCAAUGCAAAAAUACAGUAUAACCCAUUAUUAGCUUGUUCAGAAAUGAUACUGUAUGUGCAGACACGAAGAGACCAAUUGCGUUAAGUAUUACACAUCACAAAAUUGUUACAGACAAUCUGGAGAGUAUGUACCUUCUAUUUAUUACCAAGAGUAAAACUGAGCAUUUGAGGAAGGGGGAAGCGAUCUCAUUGCUAAAUAAAUUCCUUCUCUCCCUCCCACCAUCACCCAGGGUUGGGGUUUGGUUUUUUUUUGGUAUUGUAUUAUUAAAAGUGUUACAGUGUUAUGAUCUCCCUACAGUAUUAAAGAACUGGUAUGGAUCAUUCCAAGAUGCAAUAUUGCAUGAAAUAUUAUGUCAGCGAAAGAGUGAAAGCAAUUGAUUGCUGAGGCUGCUAUGUACAACGUGUCAGAUGGCUUAAAAAACAGCAUUUACAAAUUGAUGUAUCAAAGGCAAGCUACCAGUCAUUUGUCCAUAAAUAUUUAUCUACCCUUUUGUUUGUUACAUAGCAUUUCAUUCUACUUUGUGUACAUAUACCACAACAUAUAUACAGCAACAUAUAUACAGCCUAUAUUUACUCUAAGUUGGCCUGCUUUGGUUGCCGUGUUUUAACACCUGAUGUCAGAUGCGUGUGUACAACUUCACCUGUGAGAACUUCUAGCAAUAUCAGAGUCUGGUUCUGUACCAGCCCGGUUCUGCCUCAGACGUGUACCUACAGCUUCCCUUGACUUCUGUAUGCAGCAUGAACAUGGAUCUGAAAACAUCUGGCAAACCUAAGUAUCUAUGUAGUGUGGCUGAUUUUUUUGAAAUUCCUUGCUUGGGCAAUCACCUCUUUAACAGCAGUCAUCAUGCUACAAUUAUUACAGUAAAAUUAGUUGCAAUUAAGUUGCAUAAAACAUUGCUAUAAUCUCAAAUCGUUAGUUUAACAUCAUUUGGCAAAUGUCCAUCCUUAAAGUUUAUGGGAUGAGCUGUCAGCUGCUGUAAACUGACUCAGUCGGUGGAACUGCACGGAUGGGCCACGGCCAGAGAUCUGGUUUUAGAUUUUCUGUCGGAUGUGUGUGUGAUUUCGUAGGGUUUGAGGACUUCCAAAGGUUGUUUGCAGACUUUAGAAUAUCAUGGAAUGAGGAAAACCACGGCAUCAACUAUGCUCUUAUGCUUCCCUCACCCUCAUUGGAGUAAAUGGCCUUUCACAGCGAUUGGCCCAAGCAGCUAAGUGCAAUAUGGAAAUACGGCAUUUUCACUCAAUGUAUUAAAGCAGAAUACAUGUACCCAUUGCUCAGUGCUAUGAAAAUGUUUCUACCACAUCAUUUUAUAGCAUCUUUAUACCUUAUCAAUGAAUGUGAGUCUGUAGUCUGCAUUACUGCUGGGAUUUCAUCCAUUCCUGCCAUGGCAUAAUUCAGUCAUUUUGAAAAGCCAUUGAAUACGUCAUUGUUAUUAAUGAGUAGACUCAUUAACAGGUUUCCUAUGCUGCUUUCCAUAUCCUGUCUCUUGGUCAAACAUGUUAACUGAAUAGGUUCAUCAGUUGUAUUCCCGGGCGUGUUCUUGACUGAUUUGAGCUUCGCCCAAAAUUAAAUUGUUGUCCAUUUCUUGACAUACAAAAAGUGUUCAUUCACAGAAUACCCCCAACAAGAAGAAAUUAUUAAUAGAAUAUAAUUGAAAUAAUUGCAGCUUGUAACACUUUUAAUAAAACGGGAUUUCUAAAAUUCUCAGAGUAGGUACAAUAUGCAGCAAUUCUUCAUUAGAAAACAGCUCAUUUAUACAGGUACAUGAAAAAUUGAGUGAACUUCUGGAAAUACCAUGUACUGCACAUACAAGUAUUAUCAAGUACUUGUCCACAAGUAGUUCCUGUCCAUUGAAUUUAUGAAUGUCACUUGGUCUUCUCAAAGUAAACACGCUUCUGUAACGGUGAUAUAUUCUGAAUGUGCACACAGUACGUUUCAACUCCCUUUCCCUGCUAUUCUCCCUGUGUUUUCAAGAAAAAAAGAAUAAUGGAAAUUUGUAUCGCGAUUGCAAGGAACUGAGGGACUUGCCAAUAAACCAUGAAGUGUUUUGGCAAGCCUUGAGGCACAGACAGAGGAUGAUUUGCAUAGUUCAUGAAGUCUGUGUUGCAAGAAAUGAGAUGCAAGGAUUAGACUGAUGUCUCUUCAAGAUUAGGUACAACUGAGUUAGAAAAGCAAAGCUGCAAGCUUAGCUGCUACAAAGCAAUUUUAAAGCUGGUAUGACUUUCUGAGAAUGUGAUAGUCUCUUAGCAUCUAGUUGUAGUUUACAUGGGGUUUGCUCCUACUCAGUAUUGGUGUGAGACAUUUUUAUCUAUUAUGCAAUUACUUCUGUUUUAGUCCCCAGCUAGUUAUGAGUGUACUUGUCAUCUUCUUUUCUGUAGUGAAAAAUCUUGAGUAAGCCUGAGACUCUGAUAUCAAAACUUUACUGGGACAUAUCAGAAGUGUCACAAGGGAGAACACCACAGGAGCCUAGCAAUUGCCAUACAAAAAAAGAUCAAUGUUUCUUACCAAGCUUGUUGCCUCAGUAAUAUCUUGUUGGUAGUGAAUUUUACUAGUAAAAUAUGCAUAAAUACAAUGUAUAGUACCUUUUCUGUUUUGAUGUUGUUGCCAUUUCAUUUCACUGAAUGCCUACAAACUAAAGUGCUGUGGGGAAGGUGCCAAGGAUCACCGUUCAGCCUUCUCUGUCCCACUCAUUUCUAUACCUCAAUAUCUCCUCCCCUCCAAAUCAAAUGAGCCUAAUUUAUUUUUUCCAUCUCAAACAAAUGCCCCUCUGUGGAUAUUGGUACUGAUGUGGCCUUUCUGGUUUUGUUAUGGCCUUUUUGGAUAGCGAUAAGAACCUGAAUGCAGAUCUCAAGGUGAAAUACCUCUUAGGGAAUAAGAUUUUUGUAUUAACAUCCUCUUGUUAAUCCAUACUAUUUUCUUUUUAAUUACUGCUCUACAUGGACAAGCCCUAAUUUUCUAAGCUGGAAGAUAACAACACAUGCACAACCUGAUGUAAGAAUUAGUGUUUACGUUAUUCCAUCCAACAUUUAAUUCUUUUUCUGCCAUAUGGUGAUUUUUAUGUUGCUGCUCCUGCCAUUGCCAACUCCCUAGUUUUGUUAGAGCUGAUCUGGUUGGCCUUGAUCCUGCGUGUCUGUAUUUCAACUCACAUUCCUGUAGAUGGCUCCACCACACAGUGUUUUCUUUCAGGAUCUGCUGUAAGAGAGGUUUCAUAGACUUAAAUGCUUUGCACUAUCAGUGAAUUAAAACCCUUAGGAUCAAGACAGUUUUUGCUUUUUGUAAAGAAGCAAACCAAGAAAUAAGCAACUUUUAAAAAUUCAAAUACCUGCUUGUGUCAAAAAUCACUGACUUUACUGAGGGGUGUGUGUCUGAGUAAAAGGAUGUGUGUUCUCUGUGUUUUGGUCCAAAUGCCAUACACACGGAGAGCCUUUUGAUAACUCUGGCAGUGGGAAGAGCCUUAAAGUGACUGACAUCAUAAUUUACACUGCCAAUACCACAUUAAGUGGCCUUGUGCAAAAGGGAAAAACAGGCUUAUGUACUUUUCUGAAAUAUGUUGAUUAUUUUGCCUUUGGGUUAUAAACAUCCUAAAAACAAAACAAACAAAACAAACCAUAGUCCCAAAGGUACCGCAUGUGAUUGCUAUCCUGACCCAGUAUCUUAUAGCUGGGCACAGGGCCCAAGGUGACACAAAGAGACACAACAGCACCUCCCUCCCACAGGGCCAAAUGGACAGCCCUGCUAGAAGACCACCAUAAAGUUGCCUUCCUAUUGGCCACUCCUAUAGGAAACAGCAUAGGAGAGCAACCAGGAAGAUGUUGUAGUAGAGAUUCACUGCAGUGCUGUGAUUUCCACACAGUCCAGAAAUUUUCCUAAAGCUUGGUGAUGUCCUUGAUCCUGUACUAUCCCUUGGGUUACUUUAGCCUGUAGAGCAGCACAAAGCUGGAAGGAGCCAAAGGCUUCUCGCUGCCUCUGUUUUCCUGACAGAAGAAAAACGUGUGCUCCAGCAGGGGCUCUACCGCUCUGCACGUCCCACAGGCAAGUUAGAUUUAGGGCUUUGGUAUUUUUCUUCUCUUUUCUAAAUUCUCUAGUAUAGUCCGAAGUAGUGCUGGCCUUGGUGUAUUGGUGCCCUCUUCAGUGAGAAAGUCAGCCUGGACACAGCACGGUGAGGCAAUGCACAAUGCCGAAAUGCUGGUUAUUAGGGGGGCAGCAGCCUGUUGUCUCUGAGAGCCAGAAAGGUGGUAAUCUUCAAGAAUAUGACAUGAAAAUUGUUGCUGUUGGCUCAAUUUAACAUCCAUUGUAAAGAAACAUAUGGGCAGGACAGGAAAAAUGGUUAAAAAUAUGGCUGUACUCCUCAUCAAGCUCCUGUUUGAAAAGCUAAAGGAAUGCUAUAGUGCAUCCUUAUAGCUGGUAAUAACUGCAGACACAGGAGAGUUGAAGAUGCCCUGGACCAGUUCUGCUACACUUCAUUUGGAAAGGUUAUGCUUAAUAAUGGAGAAAAAAAAAAAAAAAAAGAAAGAAAAGAAACAAUUUAAAGCCAGUAGUGAAAGUACAUUUAUGCUUGGUUGGUAUUUUGGGGGAAUCUAUUAACUGAAUAAUAAUGGAUAUUUCAUACAUUUCCAAAGAGAGAGCUACAUCUUAAAGUUCAUCUUCUGAUCAUUUACCAUCAUUUGCCAUGCAGUAAAACUGUGGUUUUUGCAUCUCUGUCCCUCUCAAUACACUAAACUGUGAAUAGAGCCUUAGAAAUUUAGAGUAUUGCCCAUUAUCCAUGACCUUUAGCCUGCGUUUCAUAAACUUGACAUUUAACAUCUCCAUGACCAGAAGGAUCAUUCAGUUAGUAAAUCAGCUGCAUCGUCACAGGGAUGGGUGGAUGGGGAGGAAAUGAAAUUAAAUUCAUUUCAUUAUGUAAUAAUGAAAAGCAAUAACUACAAGUAUGUCGUAUUACACAAAGGCCAUAAGUAAUCUUUACCAGUGUUAAGAGUGCACUUGAACUGUAUUGUGGAAAGAGAUUGGAGCCCUCAGAACUGUAGCAUUCUUCUGUCGUAGGAGUACCUGAAUCGCUGUUAUUUAACAAUGCAAUGAGCCCAUGCUGCCGCUUUUCAGGAAGUGACAAAGAUAUUUAGGAAUGAAAGCAGUUCUCUUUAAAGCACUGUAUCGGAAAAGAUUGUCUUGUAAAUUUUACCUGUCGCAAGCAGGCUGGUUUGUAAAAGAUGUAUGUUUUGGUGUUUAAAAAGAAGUUUAUAAAAUAAUGUAUAUAAUGGUUUCAAAUUACCAGGCUUUUGUAGAUAUUUGAUGCCAAUCAGGUCGCUUUAAUUUUCUUUUUGUUUGUCUGUUUGUUUGGUAUAAUUCUAAAGGGUCAUCAAAGUUGGUUUAAACUUUUAAGGUAACAGCAAAAAAAAAAGUUUUAGAUUUGAAAACUGGUACUUUUUAAUCAUUUCAAAAUGUACUGUAACUUUUCUUUUGGUUCUGCUCUUUUUGUUUAACUUUUUCUGUUUUUAAGAAGAUGUUUUUUAUUGACUUUUUUUAAAUGAAUGUGUUUUGCACAAAAAAAAAGAAAACAAACAACAACCCUAGAGAUAUGAAUUUUAUGCCAUUUCAAGUAGUUAUUAAGAGAUGUCAUAUCUCCAAUGACAACAGAUUAAACCUUAUGCAAAAGGGAAGGUUUAUCACUUUGAGUGGGUAUAGUCCCUCAUCCGAAAACUAAUUGUUCCUUCAUAAUUGCUGUUGGCAGUAUUGUCUUGUGUUCUUUUGCUAUAAAAACAAAACAAAACAAGUGUACAGGUUUGUAACUGCCAAAAUUUGCUAAAGUUGAUGGUUAAAACAAGUUUUCCAAGUAAACAAAAAGAAAAGCCCA